GAGAUGCGAGAGACGCCGAGUGAGAGUUUGGAGCAACUUUGAUGAAGACGGGAGCACGGAGCGGUGUUUCUCUCACACACACAGGGACUGUCCUUCUUAUUCACACCGAGCAUCACUGCGGACAGCAUCAGCACAGCUCCAUCAUUUGGCUUGGAUCUUAUAAGAGAAGGGAAACAAAUCUGUUCAACUCUUGCAAAGAAAUCUCGUUAAUAAGGUUGUGUUUGUGUGACCGCUCAGAAGCCAUGAUACUGAACGCCACUGACCUGGGCUGGGAUGAGUCCUCGGGUGCUGACCCCUUCUUCCCUUUGGACCAAACGGACAGCUCAUCAGCAUAUGAAGUCCCGCCCCUCACCGUGUGGGGCGUGGCCCUGUGCAUUUCAGGAACUCUCAUUGCCACUGAAAAUGCAAUAGUUGUCACGACCAUCUUGGCCACCCCGUCCCUUCGUGCCCCUGUUUUCCUGCUGCUGGCGAGCCUUGGAUUGGCCGACCUCCUGGCAGGUGUUGCUUUGAUCUUGCACUUCCUUUUCCUGUUCUGCGUGGAGCCCAGUGUUUGGUCAGAAUUGCUGAUCUCAGGACUGCUGGUGACGUCACUGACUGCCUCGCUCUGUAGCCUGAUGGGUGUUGCUUUGGACCGAUACCUGUCUUUAAGCCACGCCCUCACCUAUGGUUCAAGCCAAUCACGUCACAGAGCUGCGCUCCUCCUGCUGCUGGUGUGGCUGGGUGCGUGUGUCAUCGGGGCGGGGCCUGCGAUGGGAUGGAACUGUCUUGGAGAGCCAAACUCCUGUUCUGUAGCACGACCUCUGACCCGGACAUACCUGUCGCUGCUGUGUGGUGGGUUCCUGGUGGUUGUAAUGGUAACUCUGCAAUUGUACGCCGGGAUCUGCCGCGUGGCGAGGCGGCACGCCCACGCCAUCGCUACCCAGAGGCACUUCCUCCCUGCCAAUCAAUCAUAUGCAAGCAAACACAGCAGUGGAAGGGGCUUCUCUCGGCUGAUCCUGGUCCUCAGCGUGUUUGUGGGCUGCUGGAUGCCUUUCUCCCUCUGGGGGCUGCUGGGAGACGCCUCCAGCCCUCCUCUGUACACUUAUGCCACUUUGGUGCCGGCGGCAGGCAGCUCGCUGCUGAACCCGAUCCUCUACAGUCUUAGGAACAAAGAUAUUCGCAAGGUGCUGCUCCAGGCCUGCUGCCCGCACAGAUACACACAGAACACACACAUACACUACCCUGUUGAUGUGUAGACUGCCAAAACUCGCCAAACCACUACACGAUCUAUGCCAGACAUAUCACUGUUUGUGUGCCAAGAUACACACAGAGCUGCAUUGACUGUCAUCCAGAUCCAGAACAUGAAGUCUCACACACACACACACACACACACACACACACACACACAAACUCCCACACAUGCAAUAAGCACUUCUCAAAGAGAUGAAGUCCCUCCUGCAAACCAGAAUGUUCUGGACUGUACUGGCUCGCCGCCAUCUUGGGACUAAAGACUUAUCGUACUGUCUUGUGUGUACUUUGUGCCUCAUCCUCAGUCAAUUGUAGCUCCACUGGAUCCCCAAAUGGAAACAAUCACAGGGAUUCUAUAUGUAUUCCCACUCAUAGAAAGUGGAUUUAAUCACCAUUGGCACUUUAAGACGAGAGGAAGGGAUGGGUUUUAAAUAUAAGCCUAUCACAUUGUAAUGACAUGUGAUCCAAAGCCCAAUUUGAUUUACUUGAAUGUCUAGAAAACACAAUGUUCUAGAUCUUUGAGUCUAUUUUGCACAUGCUGUUAAGGGCACUUUGAAAAGUACUGACCAUAUGUUCAUGUUGCACAGCCUUUUUUGAAAUGAAUGAAUAUUUUAUACCGAUGAAUAAUAAAUAUGCU